UCUCUCUCUGUCUCUUACGGCUCAUCAGUCAUCUCUCUCUGACUCUCCUUGGUCCUCGACUCCCCUCUCAGUCUUGCUCGAUAAUCCGAGAAAUUUACAGUAGCUUUCAAUUUUGAAGGUCAUUAUUCUGUGGUUUAUCAAGGAUUGUGUUCAUAAGGAAAAUCAGAAAAAGGAAGUUGGAGUUUAGCUAUCAGCAUUAGUUUUCUUUUUCCACACAAUCCACAAGAAGUACGGAAACUUGGUAAAGCCAAUCAGUAUUCCUUACAAAGAAAAGAAAAGUAUGGAGUCUCAAAAUGAAGAGAAUCUGGUUGGUUCAUCUUCUAGUACUUUUCCUAUAGAGAGUGAGAGUCAAUUGCAUAUGCAAGUCGAUGAAGUUGUUGAUGAAACUGGGAAAAGAAAACUUAUUUCUGACGCAUGGAGUUGAGUCAUCCCAAGCAUCUAGUUCUAGUGAAGUUGUUGGUCAUGUUGAGGGUGACCGACUGUCUAGUUUUGGUAGGUUUUUCGCGUCGAGUAGCUCGAACGUGGACACAAGAUCAGAAUUGGAUUCUUAUUUAGAAGAAAAUGUGCUACCCCGCACACCAUCAUUUGACACUUUAAGCUGGUGGAAGACAAACGGAUUAAAGUUUCCUACUUUACAAAAAAUGGCUCGUGACCUCUUAGCCAUUCCUGUCUUUACCGUUGCUUCAGAAUCUGCAUUUAGUACUAGUGGGAGAUUGAUUAGUCUGCAUCGUAGUAGACUUCAUCCUACUACUUUGGAGGCUUUAAUGUGUGCUCGCACUUGGUUAUGGAAAGAAAUAAAUGGUUUGGCUUCAACGGUCGACAAAGUUUCAUGUCCAACAUUACUUGACGAAGAGGAAGAGUCGGAUUCAAGUUAUCGAUAGAAGAGGAGGAGAAUGUUUGAUAGAUUUUGUUUAGUAUAGACCAAUAGACCUUGCUAACAGCUUUGUAGUUUGUUAAAGCUACUGCUCCUAUGCCUUUUGAGAUGUGUUUUUGCUUCAACAUUAUGGUUUAUGGUCCAACGUUGUUGGUUCUGGCAUUGAGUUCUGAUUCAGUAUUCAUUGCUUCAGCAUCUCCUUCAUUCUGCAGUAGAAUUUCUGCUCCUUGCUUUUAUUGCAAUGUUUGAUGCUUGAUUGAAUACAGAAAUUGAAACUCCCA